CGCACAGGGGAAUGUGGAGGCGCCACCUCUCCUCACUCACUGACUGACACACAGGCGCCUCCCCCCGCCUCUCUCUCCCCUGCGGUCGGCCUGUCAGGCUGUAUCCGAGCAGCGAGUGAGUGUGAAUGAGCCGGGGAGGAGCGCACGGAGAAUCCGCAGCAGCAGCAGCAGCAGUAGCAGCAAUAAGCCUAAGAGGCGCAGCAUCAGCACCACCACCCUGAUCAUGGCAGCGGAACAGCAGCAGCAGAGCGAGUCCCCGGUGCACAGCCCUCAGCCUCCAGCACAGCCCAUCGUCUGGCCCAUCUGCAGGGAAAGCUACGAACUGCAGGAGGUUAUUGGCAGUGGUGCGACAGCUGUGGUUCAUGCAGCACUAUGCAAACCCAGACAAGAACGAGUCGCCAUAAAGCGAAUCAGUUUAGAUAAAUGCCAGACUAAUAUGGAUGAGCUGCUUAAAGAAAUCCAAGCCAUGAGCCAGUGCAGCCACCCUAAUAUUGUGACAUAUUAUACCUCGUUUGUGGUGAAGGAAGAGCUUUGGCUGGUCAUGAAAUUAUUAAGUGGAGGUUCUAUGCUGGAUAUUAUAAAACAUGUAGUAGGCAGGGGAGAGCAUAAGAAUGGAGUUCUGGAAGAGCCAAUCAUUGCAUCGAUUCUUAAAGAAGUGUUGGAAGGUCUAGAUUACCUGCACCGGAAUGGACAGAUUCACAGGGACUUAAAAGCUGGUAAUAUCCUAUUGGGAGAAGAUGGAUCAGUGCAGAUAGCAGAUUUUGGAGUAAGUUCAUUUUUAGCAACAGGAGGGGACGUCACCAGGAAUAAAGUAAGGAAAACGUUUGUGGGAACUCCGUGCUGGAUGGCACCUGAAGUGAUGGAACAGGUGAGAGGCUAUGACUUUAAGGCUGAUAUGUGGAGUUUUGGAAUAACUGCCAUUGAAUUAGCUACGGGUUCUGCUCCAUAUCACAAGUAUCCUCCUAUGAAGGUCUUAAUGUUGACCCUGCAGAAUGAUCCUCCCACCCUAGAGACAGGAGUAGAAGACAAAGAGAUGAUGAGGAAAUAUGGGAAAUCCUUUAGGAAGCUAAUUUCAUUGUGUCUCCAAAAAGAUCCAUCAAAGAGGCCGACAGCAGCUGAACUGUUAAAAUGUAAAUUUUUCCAAAAAGCUAAGAAUAGGGAGUAUCUCAUUGAAAAACUUCUCAUCAAAACACCAAAUAUUGCAAGGGGAAAGAAGGUCCGGAGAGUUCCUGGGUCAAGUGGACAUCUACACAAGAACGAAGAUGGAGAUUGGGAAUGGAGUGAUGAUGAGUUGGAGGAGAAGAGUGCAGAAUUUAAAGAUUCAUAUUCCAAAGAAAAGUCAGGAAAAGACAAUGAAAGUGAAAAUACAGAGAUUACCACAGAUAUCAAUAUGCAAACACGAAUACAAAACUUAUCUGUACAGGACACUCAGGCACAAUCUAAUGAAAGCCAUGUAGAAAGCGGACUGCCAUCUGCUGUUAACCUUGUUCUGAGGUUAAGGAAUUCCAGAAAAGAACUUAAUGACAUACGAUUUGAAUUUACUCCAGGAAGGGAUACAGCAGAUGGUGUUUCACAGGAGCUCUUCUCAGCAGGACUCGUGGAUGGCCAUGAUGUAGUUAUAGUUGCUGCUAAUUUGCAGAAGAUGAUAGAUGACCCACUGGCAUAUAAAGCAUUAACUUUUAAGCUGGCAUCUGGUUGUGAUGGGACAGAGAUUCUUGAUGAAGUAAAGCUGAUUGGAUUUGCCCAUCUUAGCAUCAGCUGAUUAAGAAGCACUUUGUUGACCUGUAGUAUCACAAUUUUGGAAGAGGCCAUCUUAUACAAAAAGGGAAAAUAGCAUAACACAAAACUUCCUUCAUAGUCUACAAAUUAAAAAAAAAAGGCAACAAGAUGGAACUAGCCAAUUGCCUGCCACAGUUCGGAGAAUCUAUAGUGCUGAAUGCCAGAGUUGUAGAUUCUAGAGAUUGCUGAAAUCAUGCUGGCACCCAAUGGGUUAAAGCUGUUAUCCAAGAAGACACUCAGUUUUGAAAAUCCCGAAACAAAACCAAAAAAUAAAAGGAAAGUUGCACUUAAAGCUAAUGUCAAUAAUUCUUAGUUAUAGGUAUUUUAUAAACAAUAGCUAUUUCUUUGUUUAUUGUUAAAAAAAUAAUCUGCUAUUUUAAUUGUGCUGUUGAUUGACAAGACGGCCCAUUUUCUGUAUAACUUUAAAAUUAAUAUAAUUCAGAAACAAUGAUUUAUUAGCCAAACUUGAAUCCUAGUUGUAAAGAGAACUGUGAAUUUUAUUUUCAUAUAUUUAAGAAUUGCACACCCACUGAUUGUGUUGUUAAUAGCUGCAGCAUAAAUGUUAAGGGUGAUUAUGUGCUUGAGGGGUCUUUAAAUGCUUAAAAAGUCUGGACAGGAUCUAUUAAGUGACUAUUAAGCUGCUACUCCACUUCUGCUGCAAGGUGUGCUUCCUCUAAUCGCCUGUAGUUUCUGUGCACCAAAGUUAUCCUUUGAGUGCAUACUGAAAUAUGUGCAUUUAUCUAAAAUGUUCUCUGCGUGCAUUGCUGCUACAACCUAUAUGUCUGUGCAUGAGCAUAAAUCUUAGAGAGAACACUAUUACCCAGCAUCCUCUAAAAUAUGAUGACUAGGUGCUGGAAUUUGUCAGCCAAAAGCCCAUCACUGUGUAGACCUAGAAAUUAUAAGUACUUACCCUGUCUGUAAGCAGGGUUUUUGUUUCAUUUAUUUUCAAUGCACUAGAGCAGAGCUGAGCAAAGGCAAAGGACCCCUAGUCAUAUGUCUAAAUGCAAAUAUGGCAAGAAUGUUUGAACAUGAUAUGCUCUGUUCUCACACUUUACUGUUUAGGAGGAAAUAUAGUGUAGCUUUAAAAUGAAGGUCUGUCACAAUGAAAAAAAAAAAGAAUUGUGUUCCUAGUAACAUUCAUUUUGGCAUUUGCAGAUUUUUAAUUUGUUUGUGUAAAAUGUAUUUAACAUAGGGUAUUUAGUUGAAAACAAUUCAAAUGGCUCUCUAUUAGCCUAUCAAUAAGGAUUUACAUGAAUUGCUGGCACAGGUUCCACUACAUCAUAUAAUGCCAUUCUUGACAAUUCUGUCAACAGUUUCCUGUUUCAGCAGGAAAAUAAGCCCAUGUACAAAAUAAGAUCCAUACAGAAUAGGUUUGCCGAGAUUGGAGCUUGGCUGGUCUGUAUAGAGCCCCGACCUCAACCCACCUGAGGAAUGAAUUGAAUGUCUGGUGCAAGCCAGGCCUGAUCACCCAACAUCAGUGCCAACCUCUUCAGUAUGGAUAUAAAACAAUGGUACUAACAUCUUGUGGAAAGCCUUUUUCAAGCCCAUUACACCAGUGUAAAUUCUGAGAUGUAAACUAGCUGAGCAAAUCUGGAUUAAAGAAUGGUCUUUAAAUUUAGCCACAUUUACACAUUUCAAAGUCUUAUUCAUAUUUUGUGGAUUUAUAAGGAGCAUUUAGAAAAUAUUAACAGUUGUAGCCAAAAUGUAGGUGCCUUGAAGUUAAAGCAGCUUAGGAAUGUACCGAGAUCUGCCUUUUCACAUUAAAAAAGAAGUCUUUUGGGUUAGCAGAUUUUUUUAGAAAAACCAGGAGCACUUCUAAUAAUAGCAAGUUGCUAGGCUGUGCUUGCUGCAGUUUGAUUUAGAAGCAUCUUUGUCUUUGAUUAUAUCCAAGAUGUUGUAUAUGUUUCGAUCUUUGGAUCAAAUAGCACAUUCUUUCCUGUUUGAUGCUCAGAAAUGUCUUUAAAGUUUGUUAGAUGUCAGCCAUAUUCUUUGAUAAUCUUGUAUGUCAAUAUGGAUGCCGGAGCUAAUAUUGUAUUUGCAUUUUGUUUCUUUGUAAGACACUUGCACAUUACUUAGAAUGAAGACAUUUGAAAAUGGAUUUGAAUUUUUUUAGUGGCUACUAAAUACAGUAUCAGCUGGACAGCGCCUUUCCAGCCAUUGAGCAUGGCAGUUUGCAAAUGAAGAAUUAAAAUGUGUAAUCUUAAAUACCAGUUGGUUUGCCAUAAAGUAGAUUGUGACGAAACUGGGGGGUAGUUCACUCCACCAGGUUUACUAAGUGGGCAAAAAUAAAAAGGAGACUAUAAAAAAUACCAAUACUCCCAGACUAAUCCAAAGAGACCUACACCUCGGCCAUAGGCACAACUCAAAACCAGCCAGAAUGCACCCAGGUCCUCUGACCCCAUGGAUGGUGCUUCACUGGAUCUCCCUGAGUUAUGCCAAAACUUUAGAAAGUGCCACAGCGCUUGGGUAGCAUGUGACCACCUGGUCAUUAAUAUGCCCACUUCACCCCAAAUCCUAUCUGUCUGGGCCCACUCAGCUCUUAAAAACCUGUAGGCCUUAGAGGUACCAGACAGCCUAGGGCCCCACUACAAACUAACAGUGUAAGCAAAGUUACUACGCAAACACCAAAAAGGAUACAAUUUUAGGUACUUUUCAUCAGCCAAGCCAGUAGAGUUAUUGAUUGGAAUUUAAUAGAAGAAGUUCACAGCACACAAUAUUUACAAAUGGUUCUAUAUAUAUAUAUAUAUACACAUACAGCACAGUUAAGAAAAGGUGAAAAAUAUUGAAAAACUACCACUUAUGUCCCUAUUGUAAGAAACUGCAAAUGGCCUCUGAGAAAUUAGAGGUUUAGUUUAAUCCUGAUUGCAGAGAUCCAGGGAGUCCUUGCACAACUUGUUGACUGGGUUGCUUCCUCUGCAGAGACUAACCUGGGCGAGGCUGCACAAGGGUUUUCCCAAAAGCAGAGGCACAUUACCAGGGAUGAUUGACAAAUCCCUGAGCCACUCAGAUGGGGCUAUACUAGGCUAUCAUGACAGUUUGCCCCAUCUGCCAAUCACCUUUACUGCCUGAAGUUGAGCCAAAACCCACACGGUCCUCAAAGAAGAAAGGAAAGAUGGCUCCCUGGUGUAUACAUAAACACCCCAAUGGGGGAGGGGAAACAGGAAGAGACAGGGGUCUGCUUGCAGCAAAAGACCAUAAAACUGCAGGAGGUAAUAAACCUGCACAGAGCCUGCAAUGUCUAACCCCCCUUUAAAACAUACACAAAAUAAAUAUAAAUUGUCACAUAGAUGUAUCCAAGUUUCAAUUUUUAAGACACUUUAGUAGGCCAGAAUUUAGUAAAACAGAAGUUUAGAAUCAACUUAUUUUCCUAUUUUUAUUACCCCAUUGUUCUUGAUCUACUAUGGCAUUAUACUGUAUACCGUAAUGUAAUUAUUUCAGUCAACGGCCUGUUUGCCAUAUGUAAAUGAGAAACUGCAUAUGUAAUCUAUAUUAUGAGGGGCUGCUUUGUAAAAACAUUCGCACAGGACAAGACUAUUUCUAAAUAGAGGAUGUGGGGGAUCCAUUAAAUAAUACCUUUAUAUUGCCAGGCAGGCUGUAUCUGUUGCUCAACCUAUGGCAGGUGCUAAUCUCUGAGAGUGAAGGUACUGUAUGGCUCUAUUUGCUUUGCCGAAACUGAUAAUCAACUUGAUAAUGUGGUUUAUACUUCCAAGGAAAUUCUGUAAUUGUGGAUUAAGUCAUAUUGGUCUAAUUAGCUGGAUCACUGUUGAUAUCCUUGGAUGGAUCUUGAAAUGGCAUGCAAAAGCCAACAGCCCUAUGUUACAUAAAAUGCAGCCCCCCUGUACAUCUAUUUCUUACUUUAUGUGGUCUUCUACAGCUGUCCUCUUCCUUCAGAUUUAAGUCUUAAGGCAGCCAUACAUGGACCAAAUGAGUAGUCGUAAGGCUUAAUGGACACAUGGGAUGGCCAUUCUUCUUAUUGUUCUGAUUAUUCAGGCAGAAAGGAAAAAUGAUUAAAACAGCAGGAAGUGCCUCAUCUGCCUAGGCACUGGCCUUCAUGGUGCAUCAACAGAUGACAUUUUAAUCCUGGCCGAUCCCCUGACCGGCCAAUAACCAUAGGACAUAAAUAUUAUAUUGGAUUGACAAGCCAGCAUACACACACAGAUAUGUUUUAUACAACUGUAUCUGAGCAUGUAUGUCACAUUUACCUUGCAUGUAAUACAUUGCCUCUGGAUAUGCAUAGGUGCAGGGUACUUAAACUUAAUGUGUUCCACGAACAGGAGAAUUAAUUUCAUGGAGGUGGAUCAAGGAACCAUAGUUAAACUUCAUGACUGCACAAUUUUAUGUGUCUUUUGGCUCCCUAUGCCAUAAAGGUAACUCAACUUAAAUUCAAUGUAGAUAAAAGUAUUUAAGUGCCCUUAUAUUAAAUUUGGCUUUAGGUGCCAUUUAAACAAUAACAUAAUCCAAUGUAGCCUUAUUUAAGGGCUGGGAUUUGCUGCAGCAUACCACUAACUGAUUUUCAUAGCCUUUAUUGUUGAUUGGGAUGUAGUCAGUUGUGUCUGUGAUCAAAUCUAUUUCUAUCACACAGUUUAUCAGGGGCACAUGAGCACAUUGUUGUUGUGUGAAGGGAAU